AUGAUUAAGCUUCUACUAGAGGGAGAGCAGUACAAGGCUGCUGGAGAGUCCGCCAAGAUGCUUAGAGAGGCGCUGAAUGAGCGAGGAGAUGGAGACCUGACGAUAUCGCAGGAGGCUUUUGGCAAGAUUAUUCCUGUUCUAAUUAACGAGUACAGGGAAACCGUGCACGAGUACACCAUAAUAAACGGCAAGGAGGUGAAAAUAAGAGAAGGCUCGCCUGGGAACUGGGCAGACUAUCCUGAGUACUUGAUCAACAGCGCAGAAAUAACCCGGAUGGGCGCGGUUGUUCUGGGCCCUGGAAACGUUCUGUGCGUGGAGCUAGCUUCUGCCUCCACCGUUGAAAAGGAGAUAAAAGUGUACAGGUUUGUUGAUAACGAGCUAUACACAAAUCUGGCCCAAGUCAUACACGAGCAAAAUAUUCGAGAAAUCGUAUAUGUAGACAGCGCGCUGGAAAAGGUCUUCAUUGCGCUGGGAGUUACACACUACAGCCUGCCAAAGCGGAAAAUGGGCUCUGUGAACCUGCUGGAAAAGCAUUUGAACGUGAACGCGCAUGGGUACAAAAUAGACGAGGCUUCGCUCAGCAACGUGCUGCGCAUGGACAAAAAGGCUGCAGACUCUCUUCUCGCUGGAGACAUCCGGAUAGAGGACGAGAUAAACUGCUGCACGCUGCAGGGAAAGCGGCUGCUGCAGCUGUUCAUGCGCGCGCCUUUGAUAGAAAAGGACGAGAUACUGAAGAGGCAGAGCAUCGUGGCUGAGAUCCUCGAGAGCGGAUUCGGGCUUAGAGACGCCAUCAAGUCAACUCCAGACACGUUUACUGUGUGCAAGAGACAGGGCGGAGUUUUAACAGUCCAGCAAAUAAUGAAGCUGUACAAGUUCAUAGGGUGCGUAAACAGAAUAUAUGGAAAGCUGCAGCCCCUCCAGUCGCUUAAGCACGAGAGCGCAGUGAUGAAGGACUCUCUAGACUAUGCAAAGGAGCUGACCGAAGACAUACUAGAGCACAUCGAUGUGGAGGCGCAGGAGAUAAAAGAGACGUGCACAGAGCCUUUGAGAAAGCUUGUUUUGCAGAAGAAGCAAAUUGAGCACGAAAUACACAUAGAAUACACGCAGGAGGUGAGUGAAAAGAAUUUGCACAAGUGCAAGCCAAAGCUUGAAAAUAGCUCCAUGUACGGGUACUGCAUAAAAAUGCCUCGAACCGAGGAGAAUAAGCUCACCACGCAAACAAAGCUGGCAGUGCAGAAGUCGGGCGUGUUUUUCACAACAGACCGGCUGAAGGCCUCCAACCACAGGCUGGCGCGGGUUCUGGACCAGAUAAAGGCAGAGCACGCAGUUGUGCUGAAAACGCUCACCGACUCGUUUGCGAUAUACAAGGGCUGGAUAGAGGUAAUGAACCACACGGUUGCCCUGCUGGACGUGUUUUCCAGCCUGGCCGAGUAUGCUGAAAACAACAACUUGGUGCGGCCCACAUUUUCUGCAGACUCGAAUUACGAUGUGCGGAAAAUGUACCAUCCUUUGCUUCCUUCCCUGUGCAGGAGACGCGCCAUGCAGAGCAAUACCAUCCAGGAGCCGAUUAAGAACGACCUUAAGCUGGGCAGCGCCCGUCUUUGCAUAAUAACAGGCCCAAACAUGGGAGGAAAAACCACGUUUCUGAAGGCCGUCGGGCUUGUUUCGCUGCUAGCCCAAAUGGGGUCUUAUGUGCCUGCGGAGUAUGCGUGCAUUCCUAUAUUCAAGCAGCUGUUUAUACGAAUCGGCGCAUCGGACAACCCAGACAAGGGGAUCAGCACAUUCAUGGCAGAAAUGAUGGAUGUGUCUACGAUACUGAACCAGGCAACAGAAGACUCGCUGGUUAUUAUUGACGAGCUAGGCAGGGGAACCAGCGACGAAGACGGAUACUCCAUAGCAGCAGCAACCGUAGAGUACUUGGCCACAGUGAAUGCAAUGACUCUGUUUGCCACGCACUUCCACGAGCUGGCCCAGAUUGCGCAUGUAGAAAAGAGAAGGGUUGGGUGCGUUGUGACCGAUGAAAAGGUGGAAAUGACGUACAAAAUAGAGGAUGGCGCAGCAGAUACGUCGCAUGGCAUAAACACCGCUAGAAGAAUGGGCUUUCCGGAGGAAGUGCUAGAGCGCGCGGAGGAGGAGCUCAAAGAGAACAAAAGAAAGUGCGCAGACGAUGCCUCUGCUUGCACAAAAAGUGUGCGAAGAAAAUGA